UCCCGGGAGCAGCAUCCCCGGCGCUCACCUGGCAGUGCGUGCGCAGGGCAGGGCAGGGCAGCCGGGCGGGGAAGGGCUCGUUGCCCCCGCGAGUCCCUGGCGGUGGGAGCCGCUCCCUCCUGUCCCCGCGGCCCCUCGGAGCCCCCCCGGGACCCGGCGCUGUCCCGCUCCCGGUGCUGGAGCGGGUCCCGCGUUCCCGGCGCUGGAGCCGCCCGUCCCCGCCCGCGGGAGCCGGAGGGAUCCGGGGGAGGAAACUUGGCCCCCUCCCCUCCCUUCCCUUUCCCUCCCCUCCCUCCCAGCGUCAGGCGAGGCAGAGAGGGAAGCGCUGCGGGAAUUUCGCACCCCGCGGGCAGCCGAGGGAGCUGGAGUGGGAACAGGUUGUUGGGAUCGCGCCGCGGGAGGAAGGGGCGGCUCUCUGGGCUCCGGGAGAUGGAGACGGAGCUGCUGCUGUUCCAGCCGGCGAUGCGCUGAGCGAGAUGGACAGCGGUUCCCUGCCGAGAUCGCCUCUUCCCGGGAAGCUGAGCCGCUUCCCGAGCUCCUGAAGUUCCAGCAGUCGCCAGCUCAGCCUGGGGUUACACAAGUUCCACCUGCACCGGUCCCGGCUGGCGGGGAUCGGGCAGGUGAUUCUUUCUCUUUUUUUUGCUCCUCUGCUCCUGCGUGAACGCCGAACGCCAAAAAGUCUGCUCGAAGGCCCUGGAGAGCUUGGGAAAAGCCACGGUGGAGAGUUGUGGCGUUUUGGAUUUAUUUGGCACAAAGUGCUCACACCUCUGCUCGGGGGAUUCGUAUGGCUUGAAGGGCGGAGCCGGAGCCUGGCACUCUGACCUCCAUGGAUCCCCUAAACCUCUCCUGGUACGAGGGUGACAUCGGUGACAGGAACUGGAGCAGGGCCCUGAACGCCUCCCAGGCUGAGCAGAAGCCCCAGUACAACUACUAUGCCAUGCUGCUCACCCUGCUCAUCUUCGUCAUCGUCUUCGGCAACGUGCUGGUGUGCAUGGCCGUGUCCCGGGAGCGAUCCCUGCAGACCACCACCAACUACCUGAUCGUCAGCCUGGCCGUGGCAGACCUGCUGCUGGCCACCCUGGUCAUGCCCUGGGUGGUCUAUCUGGAGGUGGUUGGUGAGUGGAGGUUCAGUCGGAUCCACUGUGAUAUCUUUGUGACCCUGGAUGUCAUGAUGUGCACUGCCAGCAUCCUCAACCUCUGUGCCAUCAGCAUAGACAGGUACACAGCAGUGGCCAUGCCCAUGCUCUACAACACCCGCUACAGCUCCAAGCGCAGGGUCACCCUCAUGAUCGCCGUGGUCUGGGUGCUCUCCUUUGCCAUCUCCUGCCCGCUCCUCUUUGGCCUCAACAACACAGAUGCCAAAGAGUGCAUCAUUGCCAACCCUGCCUUCGUGGUGUACUCCUCCAUCGUGUCCUUCUACGUGCCCUUCAUCGUCACCCUGCUGGUCUAUGUCCAGAUCUACCUCGUGCUGCGGCGCCGCAGGAAGCGCGUCACCACCAAGCGCAGCAGCCACGUCCUGGACUCGGACACACAGGCCCCCCUGAAGGAGGCAGAGAGCCACAUGGAGGAGAUGGAAAUGGAGAUGGUGUCCAGCACCAGCCCCCCUGAGAAAACCACCUUCAAACCCGCAGCACCCAGUAACCGCCAGCUGGUCGUGCCAGUUGCCUCCAACAGGGGCAACAACUCCACCCUGCAGACAUCCCUGAACAGCCCUGGGAGAGUGGAGAAGAAUGGCCAUGCCAAAGAAACCCACCACACAGCCAAGGUCUUCGAGAUCCACUCCCUGCCCAACGGCAAGACGAGGAACUUCCUCAAGGCUGUGACCAGGAGGAAACUGUCCCAGCAGAAGGAGAAAAAGGCCACCCAGAUGCUGGCCAUCGUCCUUGGUGUUUUCAUCAUCUGCUGGCUCCCCUUCUUCAUCACCCACAUCCUGAACAUGCACUGCGAUUGCAGCAUCCCCCCGGCCAUGUACAGCGCCUUCACAUGGCUGGGCUACGUCAACAGCGCUGUCAACCCCAUUAUCUACACCACCUUCAACGUCGAGUUCCGCAAGGCUUUCAUGAAGAUCCUCCACUGCUAAAAGUCAAAAAAAACCAAACAAAACAAAACAGCAGCAGCGUUUUUAAGGGGGGGAAAAAAACCUAAAAAAACCAAAACAAAAAAAAAAAAAAAAAGGAAGGAAGACCCCCCCCCACGCCAGUUCACGCACGCCGAGGGGGCUCGUGUGCCGGGCGUGAGGCCCCCGGGGUGACAGCAGUGCCAUGCCCACGCCUCGGUGGGGGUGCAGGGGGGAGGUUCCCUCGUCCCUCGGGGUGACCUUUGGGACAGCAGUCCCACCAGGGCACUUUCCAGAGCUGCCCUCGCACUGCGCUCCGAGCGGGAGCGGAAGCCGAGGCAACGCUGGCCUGAUUGCUGCCCGUGGCCAUCCAGCCUCGGGGGCAUUGGACACAGACAGUCUCAGAGCCACGGGGAGGUAGUGGUGGGUCUCUCCACUCUCACCAAAGACAAGACCAUCUUUUCCGCUUCGCAACAGGAGCCAGAACCAGGCAGAGCCCGUGGGAGCUCCACGCAGCAGCUUUGCCUUCGCCUCGAGCUGACCCGCCCAGUGUCAAACUGCUGAAGCCUUCAGAAAAAAAACCCACCAACACUUUAAGAGGUCCCCAAGCGGGUCAAGAAGGUUCUGCCACCCACAGACCCAACCCUGCAGCAGUGUGGGCCUCCAAGCUGUGGGCAGAAGGAAGAAGGAGGCGUCAGUCUCAUGUCUGGCCACUACAGAGGUGUAAAUAUGAAUAAACAGGAGGAACUACGGGAGCCCAAGCCAAGAAAAAAAAAAAAGGAGAGAGAAACUCGAGAAGUGGUAGCUUGUCUUGCAUGGUGUACAUCAAACAGGACACCCUCAUCUCUCAUCAGCAGUGAUUUCUGCCCACCAGCACCUCAUGUCCAGUCUCUCAGCAGGAUUCCCAGCCUGGGGCAGUGGUGCCAUGGUGAAUGUAGACACCCCAGGACAGGGUGCCCCGGGAGGCACCUGCAGCCCUGACCCCCUCAGGUGGGAGCUUGAACAAGUCAGCCAAGUCAGGUCUGGCUCUUCUCACCUCAAUCAGGGUGCCACAGAGCCCAGCACCACCUCGGGUCUGAUUUGCCUCAGUCUCUCAGCAGAGAGUGCAGAAUAACGUUGUGCCUAAUUUAAAUUAACACUGAAGGAGAUAAAACUGUGUGCUUUGGAAAAAGCCAGAAUAAAAACCCAAGAAAGCCCCUGCCUGGACCAGCUCCUGUGUCCAAGUUGGACUCUGGAAAAGGUCUGGAUGUUCCCAGCAUCCCUUACUCUCUGAUACCUAUUUUUCCACGGAUUAUAGGAAUUGAAAACCCAUAACAGCAUAAUUCCACCCCGCUGAGUCUGGCAUUGCCAAAUCCACACUGCACUUACUAAUUGUACUCAGUUCACAGUAUGUUUUGCAAUAUCUCUGUAAAUAAACCAUAGCAAGACGAAUAAAAGGACACAGAAAUAGGCCUGGUUAGAAAUUCCUGUAGGCUCUGGAGCAGCAGCACAUUGCAAUAGCCAUAAUGCAGAGGCAGACUCCCUACCUGCUGUUUUCUGAAGAUGCUAAAACACAACCCAGAGAGCAAUAUAGUCCCCUUUCUCUCUAUGCAGUUUGUGGAAUAUUCACAUAUGCUUCAGAAUAGGUAAAGUUCACUGCCAAGGGUUUCUCUGAUUCCCUGGUUUUCCUGUGUUGCUGACAAAGCAUUUCCCUGGGCUGGCAGGGUGUGUUCCAGCUCUGUAGCAGGAAGAGAUGAUGUCAAGCAGCUACCACACAUAAUCUCAGCUGUUUUCUGCAAUUGAAACAGCAGUCCCACCUGAAUCCAAAAGGUUUCCAUUCUGACCCUGGUGUUCCUGAAAGGGGCUGAUAUGCAGUGGUUUUAAUGUUUAGCCCACAAACUUGUUUAACAUUUGGACCUGGCUCUUCAGGGUCUGUUCAUAGCUCUAAACUGGAAACACUGACUUGAGAUCUCAGGCACACAUUGGCUGUUCUUUUUUUCCCCUCAGUUUUAACCAAGCAAGUUCACUCAGUGGUGGGAAUCAACUCAGGCUGAAAUCACUUAUUUCAUUCACAGAAUGACAUAAAGUCAGUAGGUUUUUGGGUAGAAAAAUAGUAACAAGUUACUGUUCUAUUUUCUAACAUAUUUACAAGCAGAAAGAUGCCAUUUGUCGUGGUGAAUUAACAGGUGGGGAGCUGAAUCAAAAUAGAAAAUAAUAUGCAGACAGAUAGAAAAAAGCUUUAAAGCAUUUGGAAGUUGCCAUAGGUGAUAUUUGCCCUGCACUAAAACACGGUGUGAGCCUUCAGAAUAAGGAAUGUGAAUAUUAUCUUAACUUUGUGCCAUAAUUUUCCUUCAUGUUCAGUGUUAACCCAGGGUAAAAUCAUCAUCUCCAGUACUGUGCACUUUGUUCCAAGGUUUAGUUUCUGAAAGCAGAUGCAGAACCUCAUAGCUCAACUCACCUCAACCACUACAUGAAAAACUCUUCCAAAACACUGUGGAGGAUAAACAGCUGCUGAAAAAGGGCCAAUGUCCUCCAUGUGUGUGCCAGCUCGGACCAGGAAACCCAGGGGUCAUUUCCUAGAGCUUAAAGUGUUUGUGAGGAACUCCCUGCAGCCCACCCUUCAUCCCAGGGACAUCCCAGCACUCCAGGCUCAAAGGUAUCUCAUGGGAAAACCUUGGCCUUGGAAUGGUGGCAAUGCCAUAUCUGUUCACCUCUGCAGGUUUUCCUUUCCCAUCUACACUUCCACCCAACAAACUAAAGCACUUUCCACCCCUGAACUGAGCCUUCGGGACUCUUUCGGAGAGAGGACCAAACCACACCAUCACCUCUGGCUUCACAGAGAAUAAACAGAAUAAACCAAUGCCAAGAGCAAGGACAGGCUCUGCCAGCUGCUUGCACAGCACCUGACACAAGGACAACCAGCCCAUGGCUGGGAUGGAGGAUGUUUGUAGAAACCUCUAAAGAACCAUCAGAAUUCAGCUGCACCGGGAAGGACCCUGAGGCCUCUUGCCCUGGACCUGGCAAACACAGACCUCACUACUCCUCCCACUCUGGAGUAAAACACUGCUUUCCCAAAGACUCCUGAUGGCAGGACAUGCUGGGGAUGGAUCUGGUUUUUAAAACACACCCACGAGAAGGUUUCGUUUCUUUGUCCCCUCCAGAACUUCAGACCCUUUGCCACAGCCCCCCCUUUUGUGAUUCAUUAUUUAUAACUGAAGCUUUAGUUCUGCUUACUGGAGUCUUCCUGUUCCUGCUUUUCCUCCCUGUGAUUCCCAGCUUGCUGAAAGCCCGGGAGGGGGGCUCUUGGCACCCCCAAACAGGUUUGAAUUAAAAGCCAGUGAAUUCUGCCUGCACUGUAUUUGCCGCUUGCCUGCUCGCUCCCACUACACCGUUUAUCUUCCUGACUGAAGAGUACAUUAACUACAGUACGUCUGA